UCCUAGAGGCCGGGUCCUGGGCGGCGGAGGCUGCAGCUACCUUUGCGCGCUUGCCUCUAGGACGCCUCGCGCUGCCGAGGUCGGGGGCGGCGCCCUGCUGCCGCUGGGCCUUCGGCGAUUCCACGCAGACCACACCGCCCUCCAGAAACCAUGGGUGUUGCUAGACCCAGCUGGGAUUCUGCCAAGCUCUGAUGCUCAGUCUAAGACAAGGGCUGCCUCCCAGCCCGGCUCGCCCAGCCUGUCAUGGCCACACGCCGAUGCCUCCCGCUCGUGUGGGGACACAGGGCACCCAGCCCCAGCCCUGAAAGGUUAAGCCAGGCCUUCUGGCUCCAUUCCACAGGGACACUGCAGGCCCCAGGCUUCUUUCAGAGCAAGAGCAACUGAUGCCAUGGGAGAAGCCCCUACCCACCUGUCUACUUGCCUGGCACUGCCUGUUCUGAGACCCAUGCCCUGGGUCCUUCUGCAGGUGCCAACCCUGUGAGUUCUCCCCAUCCCCCUGACCUGACGCUGAGAAGGCUCUGUCCAUCCCCAUCAUGUGUGAGGUGAUGCCCACAAUCAAUGAGGGGGACCCCCUGGGGCCCCCCCACGGUGCCGAUGCUGACGCCAACUUUGAGCAGCUGAUGGUGAACAUGCUGGAUGAGAGAGAGAAGUUGCUGGAGUCCCUUCGAGAGAGUCAGGAAACUUUGGUAGCCACACAGAGCCGGCUCCAGGAUGCCCUUCACGAGCGAGACCAGCUCCAGCGACACCUGAACUCUGCCCUCCCCCAGGAAUUUGCCACGUUAACUCGGGAGCUCAGCAUGUGUCGGGAGCAGCUUCUGGAGCGGGAGGAAGAGAUAUCUGAGCUGAAAGCAGAGCGAAAUAAUACAAGGCUGCUUCUGGAACAUCUGGAAUGCCUGGUGUCCCGCCACGAGCGCUCAUUGCGGAUGACGGUCGUAAAGCGCCAGGCCCAGUCACCUUCGGGUGUCUCCAGCGAGGUGGAGGUGCUGAAGGCUCUCAAGUCGCUAUUUGAGCACCACAAGGCGCUGGAUGAGAAGGUCCGAGAACGGCUCCGGGCAGCGCUAGAGCGUGUUACCACCUUGGAGGAGCAGCUGGCGGGAGCUCAUCAGCAGGUGUCUGCCCUGCAGCAGGGGGCGGGGGUCCGCGAUGGAGUGGCGGCGGAAGAGGAGGGGACCAUGGAGCUGGGACCAAAGCGCAUGUGGAAAGACGACACUGGCCGGGUGGAAGAGCUACAGGGACUCUUGGAGAAGCAAAACUAUGAGCUGAGCCAGGCCCGUGAGCGGCUCGUCACCCUGAGCGCCACCGUAACCGAACUUGAGGAGGACCUGGGCACAGCCCGCCGAGACCUCAUCAAGUCUGAGGAGCUGAGCAGCAAGCAUCAGCGGGACCUCCGAGAGGCUCUCGCUCAGAAGGAGGACAUGGAAGAGCGAAUCACCACCCUCGAGAAGCGCUACUUGGCUGCUCAGCGAGAAGCCACAUCCAUCCAUGACCUCAAUGACAAACUAGAGAAUGAGCUGGCCAACAAGGAGUCCCUGCACCGCCAGUGUGAGGAGAAGGCCCGGCACCUGCAGGAGCUGCUGGAAGUGGCGGAGCAGAAGCUGCAGCAGACGAUGCGCAAGGCAGAGACCCUGCCAGAGGUGGAGGCUGAGCUGGCUCAGAGAAUUGCGGCCCUCACCAAGGCUGAGGAACGCCAUGGCAACAUCGAGGAACACCUGCGGCAGCUGGAAGGGCAGCUGGAGGAGAAGAACCAGGAGCUGGCAAGGGUGCGUCAGCGGGAGAAGAUGAACGAAGACCACAACAAGCGGCUGUCAGACACCGUGGACCGUCUGCUCAGCGAGUCUAACGAGCGUCUGCAGCUCCACCUCAAGGAACGGAUGGCCGCCCUGGAGGAGAAGGGCCGCCUGUCUGAAGAGAUUGAGAAGCUGCGGCAGGAGCUGGACCAGCUGAAGGGUCGAGGGGGGCCGUUUGUGGAUGGCAUCCACUCCAGGUCCCACGUGGGCAGCGCGUCAGAUGUGCGGUUCUCUCUGAGUACAGCCACACACGCACCCCCAGGUCUGCAUCGGCGCUACGCGGUGCUGAGGGAUGAGUCUGCCAAGGACUGGAAGCCAUCACCUCUGCCGGGGGUGUUGGCCACUGCCACCCCUGCCUUUGACAGUGACCCUGAGAUCUCUGAUGUGGACGAGGACGAACCUGGGGGCUUGGUGGGCUCUCAAGUUGAUGUCGUCUCACCUGGUGGCCACUCUGAUGCCCAGACCCUGGCCAUGAUGCUGCAGGAGCAGCUGGAUGCCAUCAACCAGGAGAUCAGGAUGAUCCAGGAGGAGAAAGAGUCCACUGAGCUUCGCGCGGAGGAAAUCGAGACCCGUGUGACCAGCGGCAGCAUGGAGGCCCUCAACCUGACCCAGCUGCGCAAGCGCGGCUCCAUACCCACCUCCCUGACCGCCCUGUCCCUGGCCAGUGCUUCGCCUCCGCUCAGUGGCCGCUCCACACCCAAGCUCACUUCUCGAAGUGCUGCCCAGGAUCUGGACCGAAUGGGGGUCAUGACCCUGCCCAGCGACCUAAGAAAACAUAGGAGGAAGCUGCUGUCGCCAGUGUCUCGGGAAGAGAACCGAGAGGAUAAAGCCACCAUAAAAUGUGAGACUUCUCCUCCUUCCUCACCCAGGACGCUGCGGCUAGAGAAGCUUGGCCACCCAGCCCUGAGUCAAGAAGAAGGCAAGAGUGCCUUGGAGGGUCAGGACAGCAACCCCAGCAGCAGCAACAGCAGCCAGGACUCUCUGCACAAGGGUGCCAAGCGCAAGGGCAUCAAGUCAUCCAUUGGCCGCCUGUUUGGGAAGAAGGAGAAGGGCAGGCUGAUCCAGCUGAGUCGGGACGCUACAGGCCAUGUUCUGCUGGCGGACUCGGAGCUCAGUCUGCAGGAACCAAUGGUACCUGCCAAGCUGGGGACCCAGGCAGAGAAGGACCGGCGGCUGAAAAAGAAACACCAGCUGCUUGAAGAUGCUCGCCGAAAAGGAAUGCCCUUUGCUCAAUGGGAUGGCCCCACGGUGGUCUCCUGGCUGGAGCUCUGGGUAGGGAUGCCUGCCUGGUACGUGGCGGCCUGCCGGGCCAACGUCAAGAGCGGCGCCAUCAUGUCCGCCCUGUCCGACACAGAGAUCCAGCGGGAAAUCGGCAUCAGCAACGCCCUGCACCGGCUCAAGCUCCGCUUGGCCAUCCAGGAGAUGGUGUCCCUGACCAGCCCCUCAGCCCCACCUACCUCCAGGACUUCUUCAGGGAAUGUCUGGGUGACCCAUGAAGAGAUGGAAACUCUGGCAACAUCUACCAAAACAGACAGUGAGGAGGGCAGCUGGGCCCAGACCCUGGCCUAUGGAGACAUGAAUCACGAAUGGAUUGGAAAUGAAUGGCUGCCCAGCCUGGGGCUCCCUCAGUACCGCAGUUACUUCAUGGAGUGCCUGGUGGAUGCACGCAUGCUGGACCACCUCACCAAGAAGGACCUGCGGGUCCACCUCAAGAUGGUGGACAGCUUUCAUCGAACCAGUCUCCAGUAUGGCAUCAUGUGUCUGAAGAGGCUGAAUUAUGACCGGAAAGAGCUGGAGAAGAGGCGGGAGGAGAGCCAGCAUGAGAUCAAGGAUGUGCUGGUCUGGACCAAUGACCAGGUGGUUCACUGGGUCCAGUCUAUUGGGUUAAGGGACUAUGCAGGAAACCUACAUGAGAGUGGUGUGCAUGGUGCUCUGCUGGCCCUGGAUGAGAACUUCGAUCACAACACCCUGGCCUUGGUUCUGCAAAUUCCCACACAGAACACCCAGGCCCGUCAAGUGAUGGAGAGAGAGUUCAAUAACCUGUUGGCCUUGGGCACAGACAGGAAGCUGGAUGACGGGGAAGAGAAGGUGUUCCGUCGAGCACCCUCCUGGAGGAAACGCUUCCGGCCCCGGGAUCACCACAGUGGUGGCAUGCUGGGCACCUCGGCAGAGACCCUCCCGGUGGGCUUCCGUGUGUCCACGCUGGGCCCGCUGCAGCCCCCACCCGCCCCGCCCAAGAAGAUCAUGCCGGAAGCUCACUCCCACUAUCUCUACGGACACAUGCUCUCCGCCUUCCGGGACUAGCCGCGGCCCCCAGGGUGGGUGUCCUGGUUUCGCAGGCUCAGCCGGCCCUGACCUCUCCUGCUUGUUCCCUUUCUCCCUUGGCUCCCAGUCUCUCCUCUGUGACUUUCCAGUUGCCCGGGAUCUCAGAAUAUGCUCAUCCACUCCUUUGGCAUCCUACCAUCCGAGUCCUACUUCGUGCCCCUUUUCUAAGUCUCCGGUGGAUGUGGCCAAGGUCUCCUGUGUGAUGUGGCACCCAGGUUGUUGGUGCUUGGAAUUCUGUGGGAGGGACAGAAGGGCAGCACCGAGUGAGCGUGUUACCACUUACUUAUGGGUUCAUCAGGCUCACGAUCCCAGGCCAAGGACUGAGAUGGCCCUUCCAAUAAAAGGCCAUUUCGGACUUCGUCCUGCUUGGACUAAGUGGCCUUUGGUCCCCUCCACUCUGGCCGCGCCAGAUGGUCUGAGUGGUUUUGGUAUCCCUUUUCACAGUAUCAUCCCCUCUUCCCCAAACCCCGUCACCAGUGUCUGUAGCUCCUGCCUCCAAGUCUUGCUUGGGGGCCAUGAGGGGUGUAGAAUACCCGAGCCCCUCCAGGGCAAGCCAGGAGGGGAACUGAGGAAGACGAAGGUAGAAACUCUGAGCCCAAGCUGGUGAUGCAUCCCAAAUAUGUGGGAGAAACGGACCCAGAGCUUUGGGCCAAGGGUGAGGGCAAGGCAAAGUCUUCAGCGCCUUGCUCAGUAGGAGGUGCAGUCAGGUAAACUAGGAGAGCAGAAGAUGGCCUUACUACCUAAGCGCAAAGGGCACUGGGAACGCCCCAGCCCCAGCCGCAAGCAGAGCAGCUACCGGACUGAAUGGAUCAGAUUGUGAACUGUUGACUCUGCUCUGAAAGGGAGGAGGGGGAGGUAUCCUUUAGCGAAUCGUGUCCCAGGUCCAGGAUAUCUAAUGUGGCUUGAGGCAGUCUCCCUUUCGUGUCCUUAGGCCCCCCAGUCCUCCUUUAGGAUUCUUUUGGGGUCAGCUGUCUAUUCAAGAAAUUCUUGAUCUCCUCCCUCUCCACAAUUUUAGAUGCUUUUCUGGCAGCAGGGUGGGUCAGGACAGAUUUAUGAGGAAUGUCAAUCACCUCCUCUUCCAGACCCAUUUCUUAGCCUUAGGAAAGCUCAGGACCUCAUAUCAGGGUGGGUCCAUAGAACCUGAUACUUAAUGGAAGAGGAAAGGAAGUGCCUGGAUGGUGUUUGCUGGAGAAGGCAGUACAGUGCCAUCCUGUAGGUGAGUGGAGUAGCUGGCUUGCCAUCUCAUCCAUCCACUGGGAUCCUGAACAGGGGCUAGGCUAGCAGGUGGAGAAAUGAGCCAGAACUCCGUGUCUGAAAAGGGCUUAGAGCUUUGUGCUGUUGCCCAGGAGAGGAAAGCUUGACUAACAGGAUGACUGAAUGGGCUCACCUGGGCUGGGGCAGGCGACUACCUGUUCUCCAUCCCAUUGUUUCUGCUUGCCUACCAGUCAGGCUGCUGGGAAUGGAGAUGGGAAACAGUUGAGUAGAACGUGAAUUGGGUAGAGAGAAAGAAAACCCGACCGUGAGCUCUGGAGUUACAGGGAAGUACCAGCAUCCUAAAAUGGAAGGAGUUGAGCUGGAAGACACCACCUGACUCCUUCUAAGGACUCUCUGUGGACUAGCCACGUGGGGGCGUUGGCCCUGCCCCUUCUCUACCAUGUGACCCUAUCAUGAUUUUCCAUGUCAGAGGGAGCAGCUGGGGAGCCAGGUGCAUUCAGGGCCAGCAGGGCGGACGGACCAGGGGAUCCGCAUGCAGUGAUGGAAGGCUGCGGUCAUGGUGUACCCCUCGCCUCACAGUCAAUAUAUAUGUAUGUUUUUGUUUUUUUUUUCUGGAGAGUCACCCGUGACCCGAGCUCUCCUUGCCAGCCUCCUGUGUCUCUCACCAGGUCCCUUCUCAGUACUGUAUUGGCUCAGUGCUUCAGGAGUGCGUGUGGGAGUGUGCGUGGGUGUGUGUGUGGGUGUGAGUGGGUGUGUACGUACCAAUAAACAACCUGGUUUUAAGACAAUGUA